AUGCUCCGGCAGUAUCAUUUGUCCCAUGGCUUAACGCAGAAACGGGCGGCUCCUGAUGUGAAGGACCAUCAGCUAUUCUGUCUUUUCUGCAAAGCCUGGCUCUGCUUUUUCCUACUCGCCGUGCUGGUAUCUCCCUGCAGGACCCAAAUGGCCAUAUUCAAGGUCGGUGUAGUGGGCCCAUGGUCAUGUGACCCUCUCUUUGCUAAGGCACUACCAAGGGCGGCAGCACAGAUUGCUGUGGACAGGAUCAACACGGACAGCUCCUUGUCAUUGGGCUCCACAUUCGGGUAUGUCAUCCUUGAGGAGGACUGCCAGACCUCCAGGGCCCUCAGUCGCUUCCUGGGCUACCACUCCCAGGUGUCUGGUUUUGUGGGGCCCACCAACCCAGGCUACUGCGAGGCCGCUUCCCUGCUGGCUAAGAGCUGGAACAAGCCUGUGUUCUCCUGGGCUUGUGUCAGCUAUGAACUGGACGACCCCCGCAGCCACCUGACUUUUGCCCGUACCGUGCCCCCGCCCACAUGGGUGCUACUUAGCGUCAUGCGCCAUUUCCGCUGGGCGCACACAGGCAUUGUCUCGUCAGUGGAGGAGAGCUGGAUAGAAACAGCCAACAAAGUGGCCAGUGCCCUGCGGAGCCAUGGCAUCCCCGUGGGCGUCAUGGCGACGACUGACGAUGACCCAAGUAGCAUACGUCACACGCUAGCAAAAAUCAAGAAGGCAGAGGACCUGCGCAUAGUGAUCCUCUGCAUGCAUUCGGCUCUGAUCGGCGGGAAGACACAGAAGCUGCUGUUGGAGAUGGCCCUGGACAUGCGCCUGACUGAGGGCUCCCUUGUAUUUGUGCCAUACGACACGCUGCUCUACAGCCUUCCCUACCAGAACGUGAGCUACCCGGCUCUGCACACCAAUGGCAAGCUACGGCGUGCCUACGAUGCUGUCCUUACCAUCACCAUGGACUCCCACGAUAAGUCCUUCUUCCAGGCAUAUCAGGAAGCCAUGGAGCGUGGGGAAGUGCCAAGGAACAUAGAGCCCGAGCAGGUAUCUCCUUUAUUCGGGACCAUCUACAGUUCCAUCAUGUUUAUGGCCAAAGCCAUGCAAAAUUUGCGGGAUUCCAGGACAUGGCUGUCAGCGAGCAACCUUGCACGCCACACCACCCACCUGUCCUUCAGUGGAUUCAACCAGCACUUCCACACGAAUGCCUCUGGUUUCAACCUGGUGGAUUAUGUGCUCCUGGACACUGACGGCCUCUCCUGGGACUUAUACCCCACCUACCGAGUGGAUUUCAAGGCCGGUAUGAUGACGUUCCUGGGCCAGCCUAUUCACUUCCCUGAUGGUUUCCCCCCCAGGGCUGAAUCCAACUGCUGGUUUGCCCGUGGAGCAUUCUGCGCUGGAGGUGUGGAUCCUUUUUUUGUUAUCGCAGUGUUUUUGUCAGCUGUCUGGAUGAUUUUCACCUGUAUUGGACUUUCUUACUGUAUAAGACGACGUAUAGGCCAGAUGCAGAUAGUUAAGGGCCCAAACAAGAUUCUGCUGACUCUGGAAGAUGUCACCUUUAUCAAUCCAUCCCUCAGCAACAAGAAGCUGAACCUGGAUGACAGCAAGACCAGCGAGAUAAGGAGGAGUCACUCUGAGGCAGAAGAUAGAUCUACAUACUCCACCUCCAGCCUGACUGCCGCCACCCACGAGAACUCCAACGUGGCCAUCUAUGAGGGGGACUGGGUAUGGUUGAAAAAACUCCCAUCCGGAAACUUUGCAGCUAUCAACCCAAAAACCUGUGACAUCUUCCAUCUGAUGAAGGACAUGCGUCAUGAAAAUGUGAACCCAUUCCUCGGUUACUUUCACGACUGUGGUGUCUUUGCGAUCAUCACCGAGUUCUGCUCUCGGGGGAGCCUGGAAGAUCUGCUGCGUAAUGAGGAUGUCAAGCUGGACUGGAUGUUCAAGUCCUCACUGUUGCUGGACCUCAUCAAGGGCAUGAAGUACUUACACCACAGGAACAUGUGCCAUGGCCACCUGAAGUCCCGUAACUGCGUGGUGGACGGCCGCUUCGUGCUCAAGGUGACUGAUUAUGGUUACAAAGAGGUUCUGGGGGCUCAAAAGUUCCCCUACGAGGAGCCGCCUCUAGAAGAGCUGCUCUGGAUAGCCCCGGAGAACUUGAGGGGCUUAUUCCCUGGGCUGCAUGGCACCAUGCAGGGUGAUGUGUACAGCUUCUCCAUCACCAUGCAGGAGGUGGUUAUACGAGGCCCACCCUUCUGCAUGCUGGACCUCUCCAUCCAAGAGAUUGUGCAAAAGAUCAGGAAGCCCCCGCCCAUAUGUCGGCCUGUUGUGUCUCCAGACCAUGCCCCUAUGGAGUGCAUUCAGCUGAUAAAGCAGUGCUGGAACGAGCAGCCAGAGAGGAGACCCACCUUUGAUGAGAUCUUCGACCAGUUCAAAAACAUCAACAAGGGGAAGAAGACCAACAUCAUUGACUCCAUGCUGAGGAUGCUGGAGCAGUACUCCAGCAACCUGGAGGAGCUGAUCCGAGAGAGGACAGAGGAGCUGGAGGUGGAGAAGCAGAAGACUGAGAAGCUUCUUACCCAGAUGCUACCACCGUCUGUAGCCGAGGCCCUGAAGAUGGGCUGCACCGUGGAGCCUGAAUAUUUCGACAGCGUCACUUUGUACUUCAGUGACAUAGUGGGCUUCACUACCAUCUCAGCCAAUAGUGAGCCCAUCGAGGUGGUGGAUCUGCUCAACGACCUCUACACUUUAUUUGAUGCUGUCAUUGGAAACCAUGAUGUCUAUAAGGUGGAGACCAUUGGUGAUGCCUACAUGGUGGCGUCUGGACUGCCCGUGCCCAAUGGGAAUCGGCACGCCGCAGAGAUCGCCAGCAUGGCCCUGGAUAUCCUGAGUGCCGUCGGCACGUUCAAGAUGAGGCACAUGCCUGACGUUCCUGUUCGCAUUCGCAUCGGCCUGCACACGGGUCCAUGUGUGGCUGGGGUGGUGGGGCUGACAAUGCCCAGGUACUGUCUGUUUGGAGAUACGGUGAACACUGCCUCACGGAUGGAGUCCACCGGCAUGCCAUAUCGUAUCCAUGUCAGUGAAAGUACUGUGAAAAUGCUGCGGGAGCUCAAGGAAGGAUACAGGGUGCAGCUGCGAGGAAGGACAGAACUCAAGGGGAAAGGCAUGGAGGAGACAUACUGGUUGGUUGGCAAGGAGGACUUCGCCAAGCCGCUGCCCAUCCCGCCAGAGUUGAAGCCAGGGCAGCUGGCUCAUGGCUUGCAGAUGGAGGAAAUAGCCCAAUAUAAACGUCGGAAAGCAGAAAAGCAGCUUGCCAAGAAGAACUGACGUACCCUCAUGCAUGGGAGAGCCCUGGUCUCAGCAUCGCCGGGCAGGAAUCUCCAGCAACGCUUUAAAAUUCACACUAUGAAUCGUGUUUCCCUUUCUGGUUCUGCAGAUGGAGCACAAAUCAGACACUGAUAUGAGCUCUGUAUGGGAGGUUAUUGGGUUUCAGUGUGUGCGUACAGUACAGACUCAUUUUGAUUUUAAGACUUUUGUUCAUUU